AUGGCUGACGACGUCAACUCCAACGAUACAUGUACCCAUCGAGGUCAUAUAUUGUCUGCACAACCACUCGAAGAUCUUCUAUACUUAUUUGCAUUUGACGAAACCUUUGCAACUGAACUUGUCUCGUCCAAGAAGUCUAGACAUUUACAGGCUCCAUCCAUCAGCUCCAUCAAAGCGAUUGUACACGUCCAGCGAGAUGUCAGAAAGAUCGCCCUCAAACUAGGCACUGACGGCCCCGUCAAGACCCUCCCAACUCCUCGCAAAGUCCAGAUCUUGUUCGGAGGAACCUACAUCAUCCGCACAACCAACGCCCACUACGUCUGGGAACACCCCUUCUUCCCGCAACUCUACCUCCCCCUCUCCGAGCUCGUCUCCUCCAGCAAGGCCCAAAACUUCUCCUUCACCCCCGGCUCAGACAUCAAAUCCGACUCCGGCCAUGCCCUCGCCACCCAAUACACCAUUGCCUGCGGCUCCAAAACCACGGACCAAGUCAUCGCUUUCUCAGAUAACUUGACCGGUAAACCCGCCGAGCUCUCCGGCCUAGUCAAGAUCAACUUCGACAGCAUGGAUCAAUGGUUCGAAGAAGACACCCCUAUCCACGUCCACCCGAAGGACCCCUUCAAACGCAUCGACAUCCUCGCCUCCACGCGCCCAAUCAAAGUCUCCGUCUCCGGCCGCCAAAUCGCCUACACGGAAACAGCCAUGCAUCUCUACGAAACCGGUCUGCCAGCGCGCUUCUACAUCCCGUUGACCUCUAUCGACCCCACGGUCUUGCGGCCGAGUAGCACGCGCACGAAGUGUCCGUACAAGGGCGAGGCGGAGUAUUAUUCCGUGGAGAUCGACGGAGAGGUACACGAGGAUUUGUUCUGGUAUUAUACGCGCCCGACGGUGGAGAGUAGUAAGGUGGAGGGGCUGGUGUGUCCGUAUAAUGAGAGGGUGGAUAUUGAGCUCGAGGGGAAGAAGUUGGAGCGGCCGAAGACGCAUUUUGGGAAGCCGAAGGAGGGGAAGAAGCCGGAGGUUGUGUAG